AAGAUUAAAAACUAUAUUUAGAGAUUUACAAUGAAAAGUAAAGUUGAAGAUGAAGGAAUGAAACCUUGUUUACAAAACAAAGAGAAUCAAAACAUUGAAAAGGCAUCUGAGGAUGAUGAGGAACAGACUGAUGGAUUCCUGACAGCACCGAGCCUUUCUGCGCUUCAGGGAGCAGCAGUGAAGGCCCUGUUUGUAGUUGGUUCUAUAGUUCUUGUUACAAUAUGUAUUAGGAAUUCAUUAACAUGGCACCUUGCCAGGAUUUGGGGAGGUUUCAGAGAGCAUCUGUGGCAGAACCUUUGGGACAAACUGAUUGACAGAACUGGCGACGACCCCUACACACUUUUCGUGUUUGGGACCUAUAUCUUAAACAAUCUUGUAUUCUGGUCGGUUGGAAGUAUUUACACAUACUUUGAUCUAAGUCUAGCACACAGGCAGUACAAGGUUCAGCCUGGAACCAAUGAACCAAUUGAUAUGAAGAAAUUCUGGAAACUGAUACGUGACGUAUUGUUCAACCAGGGAAAAAAUAAUCUGAAAUAUCGAGUGGAGAGGGUGCUUCCUGAAUUCCAUAUAGUAGUAUUGGAGCUCAUAGGGUUCCUUCUUAUUGAAGAAGUCCUUUUCUACUAUAUACACUGGGCACUUCACCAUAAAAGUGUUUACAAGUAUAUUCAUAAGAAGCAUCAUGAAUGGACUGCAGCAGUUGCGUUCACAUCUCUGUACUCGCAUCCUCUAGAACACGUGCUUUCAAAUCUACUUCCGGUUGCUUUAGGUCCUCUAAUAUUCGGAUCCCAUAUAUCUGUAUUCUGGCUUUGGUUUAACCUGGCGCUUACAAAUACUCUAAACUCCCAUUCUGGAUACCAUCUGCCCUUCUUCCCAUCAAACGAGUCGCAUGAUUUCCAUCAUCUAAAGUUCACCCAAUGCUACGGGGUUCUCGGUAUACUGGAUUAUCUACAUGGUACAGACUCAAUGUUUAGAGAAAAUAUAGCGUACAAGAGACACAUUAUGGUGCUGGGAACCACCCCAAUCAGGAUAUUUAUGCAGUUGAGAGACAUAUAA